AAAUUGAACCAACAUUUCGCACAAAUUCAUUCAAGUUAAAUCAAAUUAAUGUGUGCCUAACGUCUUCAGUGGUUUCAAAAUAGAAAUGUUCAUUUGUCAUAUUAUCCCAUUUUGGUUGGAAUGAAAACUGACGUGUUGAGUGAAUCGAUUUAGCAUUUUAUCAGAAGCAACCGUCAGUGUCUGCUUCCGCUAUAAUAACAUAGCUCAGUUCAGUUUUUAUUGUCAUGUGGCCUGUGUUCGAUUUUUUGAGCAUUUAACUAUUUAUUUUAUUCCAGUUUUCUUUCAAAAAAACUGACUAAAUUUUCUAUUAUUUUUCGUUCUUCAUUUUUUCAAUUCCAUUUUUUUGAUUGCUUAGUAACUAAACAUAUUUGACAAAGCAACAAUAUCGUGCUAAAACUACAAAUGUCUUACAUUUAAUUACACCACAGUAAUAAAAGGAAUCGAAUUUAAUAAAAAAAAAGUGACAAGAAAUUUGAACUCCGUGAACUUUUUUUCAACACAACAAAAAUUAAAAUAAAAUGUCAUCAUCGCAUUGGGAGGAAUUUUACGCAAACCAUUUGCCACCGGCAGAUUUUGAAGAUAAUCGGUCACUGCUGAAGGAAUUUUGUGAGCGACAUAAUGAAGAUCAGAAUUCAAUUGUCCUUGUCACGUCUGGCGGUACGACGGUGCCUUUGGAGCAUAAUACGGUUCGAUUUGUAGAUAAUUUUAGUGCUGGUACUCGGGGCUCUGCAUCAACCGAAUAUUUUCUGGAUCAUGGAUAUGCUGUGAUUUUUAUGCAUCGGCUUAAAUCAAUGGAACCAUUUACACGACAUUUUACUGGUCAACAAUUUUUUGAUAUGCUCGACGUUGCAGAAACCAUGGAAAAUGGAGAAAGCGGCACACCGUCAAUAUUUGUGAAACCGGAUUCGGUAGAUGUGUUGGCACCAAUAUUGGCCAAGUACAAGAUAGCACAGGAAGCAAACAAAAUAUUGUAUAUAAACUUUACAAGUGUGGUUGACUAUAUGUGGUUAUUGCGUGCUGCAUGUGAAUGUUUGGCUGCCUUUGAUAAACGUGCUCUUCUUUAUUUGGCGGCUGCUGUAUCCGACUUUUACAUUCCUUCCGAUAAAAUGCCAACGCACAAAAUGCAAUCAGGUCAUGGAGCACCAACGAUUUCCCUACAGCUUGUGCCAAAAAUGUUGGCACCAUUGGUCAGUCUAUGGGUUCCAGACGCAUUUGUGGUUUCAUUCAAGUUAGAAACAGAUGAAAAUCUGUUGAUCGUCAAAUCGCGUGAUAGUCUGAACAAGUACAAACACAAGCUUGUGAUUGCAAAUAUGCUGCAAACGAGAAAGAGCCGUGUAAUAUUUGUGACACCAACAACUUCAUAUGAAAUAAAUCUGACAAAAGACCAAUUGUUAGCUGGAAUGGAGAUUGAAGAGCACAUAGUAGCGGAUGUGGUGCAAUGUCAUGAAGACUUCAUGGCCGCAAUACCUUUGCAAUGACCUGUUGUUCGUCGAAGAAAACCAUUGCGAGUUGAUUGCAAAGUGACGAUGCCACAUUUUUGUCGAUUACUUAAUCCGGGUGGAGCUGGUCUUAAAAGAAAAUUCUAAAUAUAAGACGUUUCAAAAUUAAGACUUUAUGUGUGUACGUGUGUGACUUCCAUACAGAAGUGAGACAUGAAUGUAGAAAAUUAUUUAUUUUGUGGGGUAUUUUUUUGUAUGAGAAAAAUCAAUGAAAAUUGUUUUUGUUCUUAAACACACGGCACAGAUUGAUGAUUCAAAUGUUCGUUGAAAUUGACAAGAAGUAGUUUUUUUGAAUUCAUGUACACAAAUCUUGCAUCUUUUGUAAAACAAACAUGGUUUAGGCAUUUUAUUUGACUAAUUUUCAUCAAUUGGGGAAAUUGUUUGAAGAUUUUUUUUGAUCUACAAAAUUGUGCUCUUCAUAGAUUUUUA